GAGCCGAGCCGAGUUCCGAGGCGGCUGUGGCCGCCGCCGCCGCACAGGCCAUCAUCACCCCCCACCCCCCUCAAUCUGAGCGUCAACCACAAGGCUACUCAUUCUCAGCCGAGCGGAAAGACUUGCCUCUCUAUAGCGCCUGUCACAUAUCCGUGCCGCCCUGAAGCGCAUCGCAGACAAGACUAGGACUUCUGACAUAGAGGCAAGAGUAUGCUAUUCACUGAGCCACUGUGGAAUGAAAAUUGUAGAUUUGAGUAUAUACAUGAGUGCACAUAUUACAAGAUAGCGUCUAUUAACCACCUGACUGAGAAAUCCAGGCAACAAGUCAACAAAGCUGUCCAUGUACAUAAGAAAUCUAUUGAGGACCUGCACACCCUUCUGAAAGGUUUGAAAAAGGAGCCCUCCCAGGAUUACAUACCUAUCAGAAAUCGAGAUGAUCAAGUAUCCCAAUCUUUGGAGAAAGGAAACAUUCGACCCGUACCCAUCGGAUACAUCGAAUCCUGCUUCACUGCCAAAAAUGGCACACCCCGGCAACCAACUAUUUGUAGCUUAUCCCGUGCACGACUUAAAAUUAGUAAGGCCAUUUUUAACAAUGCGGAACAUUCGCUCAUGGGCUUGAAUCAGUUUUCACAUGUCUGGAUUAUCUUUGUUUUUCACAAGAAUGGACAUCAGAGCUAUAAAGCUAAAGUCAAACCACCUCGACUAAAUGGAUUAAAAACUGGAGUAUUUUCUACAAGAAGCCCUCAUCGACCCAAUGCAAUAGGUUUAACACUGGCAAAGCUGGAUAGGAUUGAAGGUGACACUCUUUAUUUCUCGGGAAUUGACAUGAUACAAGGAACGCCAGUACUGGACAUUAAGCCGUACAUUCCCGAUUAUGACACACCCAAAGCUGACCCACCAAGAAAUGACAGUCCAUCACAUCAAGAGAUUCUUGUGCCAGAUGAGCAGUGUGAAGGUAUAACUAUCCCAGUCAGUCGGGCAGUAACUAUGGAGAGUGGGGAUAAGGAACCAGCCCAUGUCAAGGUGGCUCCAGAGAUAGGGCAUUGUUUUACUGAGCGGGUGCAACAUGCUCCUAGAGAUGCCACACACCCAUUCAGAAAGAUGGAUGCUGAUUUUCUCGAGGGAGAAGACCAGUCCCCCAUACAAGUAGGAGCUACAAUUUUACCCUACAUUAUGGACGAAACCACAGACAAAGAGGAGUUUUGCGUUCAUGACCUAAAAACUGAGAAGGUUCAUGAACCUGCUGGAAAAGAAGGUGUUUCUGAUGAAAACAUACUCUUAGCUAUGGAGAAAAUCAAACGUCAGCUGUUUCACAAUGAUAUUAUAAACCAAGGAACUGCAGAAGACAAAGUUGUUUGCAUGGAAUCUGAGCAGUCAGGUGCUGCCACCCUCUGUCAGAAUAAAUGGCCAAAGAACCUUGAUGCUAUUAGUGUACCUGGAAACCAGUCAUCUAACAGUACUAUUGCAACUUGGGUAAAACAAUCACCUGUAACUUCCUUGCAGGUUCGAUUCACUCCUCAUGCAGAAUUGGAUCUGAAACGGUUUCAGGCUCCAAGUGGCACAGAUCCAGGUAAAAUCUCACUGAAAUAUUUCCAGUCAGUUGAGGAAGCCAAGUCUGCCAUUGUGGCUGUGCUAUCAGCGGAUCCAAGAUCCAUAUAUCGUAGAAAACAGUGCCAGGACGUGCUGUUUUACUUCACUGUGGACACUGCCCACAUCACUUCCUGGUUUGGAGAUGACUUUGCUGAAAUCUUGAGGAUAAAACCAGUGAAAGAGAAGGCUUAGAUUGGAACUGUCAGAAAUUCCUGAUAAUGUUUAGAAGAUCGAUAACUUGCUUUUUGUGACCCUGUGCCUUCAUUUAUAAUGGAAACUACCUAUGCAAACUUAUCACGUUGUAAUUACCUUCUUCACUAGUAGUGGUGUUGCAGUGAUAUGACAAAUUUAAAUGGGUAGUUCCUACUCUAAAUGCAGACAUGCAUGUCUAUAAUGGAAAAAUAAAAAUAAAGUCUGUGACUUGAAAAUGAAAA